AUGGCUCCCACCCGCGCCCUGCAGCGCAAGGUGUCGCAGCUCUUCCGCAUGCGCGGCUGGCAGCUGCGGCCCGACGCCAUGCAGCGGCUCUACGAGCUGCUGAACGGCGAGGACGACUGGGAGUCCCAGCUCAACGUCCUCCUCCACGAGAUCGAGCAGCUGCCGGGCGCGAAGGCCGACCGGUGCGUCGACAAGCCCAUGGUCGAGCGCGUCUUUGCCGCCUCCUCCGCCGCUGCCGCCGCGCCGCCGCCCGACGACCCGGCGACACCGGAGCAUCUUCUCUCACCGCCGACCGCAAAGCCGGCGCCGCCGCCAGCGUCGCACUUUGCGGUGGUUCGCGCGCGGGUGCGGCGGCUCUCGUACUUCAAGCCGGCGCGCUCGCGCGCCAUCCUCGCGGGCGCCGACGACGGCGCGCUCCCUCCUCCCGGCGUCAUGCAGCGCGACCCUUCCUCUGAGCCUUCUCGGAACCCUCCUGCAGGCGCGCCGCCCUCCGUCGAGCUCUCGCGCACCGGCCGAUUGCUCGGCCGGAAGGGAAAGCACAUCCUUCUCGGCGUGCUCACGGCGGCCGACUCGGGCGCCAUCGCCCUCGCGGACGAGGACGGGCGUGCUGCACGCGGCAUGACGAUGGUCUUCUCCGACGCGGUGCUGCGCGGCUAUGAGGCGGCCGGCGGGGCGCCGGACGAGGCAUCGCCGCCCGUCGCCGAGCUCUUCUCCUUUGUCUUUUGCGGCGCCCCCACUCCUCGCCGCUCGAGGCGCCACUUCCCAAUCUCGAGCCCACCCUUUGUGCAGACCGCCAUCGUCUACCGCGAGGACGUUCUCACCCGCACCAAGCUGGCCGCGCUCGCGCCGCCAAACAUCGCAGAGUGCGACGACGCGCCCGACCUGCUCGUCGUGGCGGGGCGCAAGGCGCAGUUCAACCUGCAGGCGGACGCCGCGUCGGGCGGCGCGCGCGAGGGCACCGUCGCCUUCUCCCCCGGCUCCUUUGGCGCGUCGGCAAGCUCGUCGGGCAAGUGGAUGGUCUACCGCGCGGCAGAGCGCGUGGCGGAGGCCUCCUUCCUCGAGCUGCCCGAUUAG